CGGUUCAACUACUACUAUUCAACUGCUCUGCUGCUGCUGCUGCUGCUAUACUGCUCCUGCUUCUGCCGCUGCUGCUGCUGCUGCCGUUGCCGCUGCCACUGCCACUGCUACCAAGUAUUCUGGCACCGGUCAGCCGACGUUUUAUUCAGUCGACGCCGCGCUUCCAUACGGACCAGACCCUCUUGCGUACAAUUCGCACACACCCAACAAACAACUGCUCGAGUUGUCACAGUUCUCGUUCACAGUUUUGCAUUCGGUUUGCUUUGCCAACGGUUUUAUCGCAAAAAUAUUGCAACGUGAAUUCGUGUCAAUUGACUGAAAUUGGUCGAUUGAGUGGUGAACUAGUGUUGAAAGCUGCAAGUGUGCUUCAAGUUUCCACAAGUUUGCUCGCACAGCUGCGCUCGAUUGGACACGACUCCGCUGCUCGGAGUCCAAUCUAAAUUUGCGCUAAUCGAGUGUCAGUUUUAGCCACACGCAAUUAUCUCAUUGCUGGAUUAUCUCAGGAGGCAAGGAGAAAAGAAUCGACGCUCGUAAGACUCGUCUUGUCAGAGCGACAGUGAGCGAUCUAACGGACGAGCGUAUCGUCAUCGAGCAUCGGACAGACAGCGACGGUGCGCGCUGAUUCAGUAGCGAAUCGGGAAUCCGAUCGAUUCGAUUUUUCGAGGCAACCGAGAAGGAAAAACAUUCGCCAAGAUGUUCGCGAUAAUGCCCAUGGAGACGGAAGGUCACGGCCGGGAGUUCGGCCGUCGACAGAAGAUGCGCGCCAAGUGCACCGUGGAGUUCGUCUGCAAGUACUGCCAGCGGCGCUUCACCAAACCCUACAACCUCAUGAUCCACGAGCGCAGCCACAAGGACGACGUGACAUUUACCUGCGAGGUCUGCGGAAAAUCCUUCAAACGACAGGACAACCUCAAACAACACAGGAGCAUACACUCCGUUCCUUACAAGGGUUCCAACGGCUAUUCAAAUGGCUAUUCGAGUGGCUACUCUAGGUACUAGAAGCCAUCCGGCCGACACGGCAGUGUCUCCUCCCGAUUAAUCCCAUGAAAUCUACCGCCUCCCCCCUCGAUCCUUCAAAGUAAUUUGUAGAUAAUUUUUGUCUUGUCAUAAAUCAGAGCUCGCGCGUCGUUGCGAGGGCAUCGAGUCUCGCGUGCGCGUGGGUGUAUAUUUAUGUAAAAAAAAAAAUAAGUGUACGUAAUAAAAAUACAGUGAUGUUCGCUCGCGGGCUAGAGUUGUAUUCGCCACGCGCGUCUCGAUCCUCGCGCUUUUUCCGCAAGUACGCCACAACAGCGCGGGCGAAAAAAAGCGCGAGCGAUCGAGACGCCUGCGCGCUCGAGAACGUCGCGCAUGCACUUACCGAGUAUAAUAUUCAAGACUUAGGGGUACCAGGGCCGGUCGACCCGAGCGCCGACCGGCCGAAUCCCGCUUCCUCGCUAGUCCAGCAGUCCCCUUUUCUCCUUCGACUCCCUCAUUCUCUUCCCUUGUGUGUCUAUCAUAUUGUGCAGUCUCGGCCUAGAACGCUGGCUUUUAGUCGCGCGACACUCCUCGACGCUUUGGCUCGGCAUGGACUCUCAAAUUCUUGCUAAACUACCCCCUCGCCUCCUAUGCUCAUCGUCAUGUCACGAUAAACAACAACAACUACAACUACAACAACAACAACAUCAACAACAACAUCAUACACAUCCCCGAGCGCAUUGCAUCGGCCCGACGAUCUAGCGACGAUGCACCGAGACAAAAGCUCAGCGGCGCAUUAUAGCCCAGGCGAGCGGCGGCGAAUCUCCAGAGAGAAAAGAAACAACGAGAGGAGCUCACGUGAGCCAAGAGUAGUCCUGUGAAGAGGCCCUUACGAAGGAAUCGGACAAUUUACAUUGCUGGAGGGAGGCGAGAGUGAGAAGAGCUACCGUGGCACGCGCAAAGUGAUUCGCAACACCGGAUUACCGACGGGACACGCCCAGAAGCCGCCGGCGACACCGAAGCGAGGAGCCUCUUCUCUCUUUUACUCUCUCUCUCUCUCUCUCUCGCUCUCCGCUCGAUUGCAUGCGUGCCUUACAUCGGUGGCUUGCGAGCACGCGCGUCUGCCUCUCCUGCUGCUGCUGCUGCUCCUUCCGCACGUGCGGUGCAUCGUGUGCAGUGUGCAGUAAUUCACGAGGGCUAACAACGUCGGCCUGGGCAAUCUUGGCUCGAGAGCGCCGAGCAGCGAUGGGUGAUCGAGAAGAACGACGCGUGUGUGCGACGGCCGCAGCAGCUUUGCGCUUCGUAAUUCGGCACAUCGGGUGCUCUCGACGUUCGACGCUCGACGCUUCCACGCACGCCGAUUCGUCGAUCGCGGAGCAAACGACCGCAGCAAAACUACCUUGUAUACUGUACGGCGCCGUGCAAAAUUUCCUUGUCUCGUUACGUGUGUGAAUAUAUGUAUUAUGUGUCUGAGUGCGUAUAUAGUGUUGUAAGUAUUUGUGAGUACGAGGAAAUAUAUAUCGAGAUGAUUAUUGCGUCACGCAUCGUUCGAGGCAAAAGUAAUAUAUGUUAUAUAUUAUACACGUGUACGCGGCCUAUCGGGUCAUGGGCCUAUUUAGCGAAGCGAUGGCUGCGGCCUCUCGAUUUUCUCGCGUCGAGAGUCGGCCUUUUUAGCUUUCCAAAACUUUUGGGCGCUUUGCAAUCAACAUUGUACAUUUUCAUUAGAAUUUUAUCAUUAUUUCCUUUUUGUACUUAACUAUAUAUGUCUCUUUAACGAUUGCUUCAUUCGUGAUUUAACUUGUUUUUGAUGUGAAACAUCUAUUCGCGUUUUUUUUUCAAUCCUUUCGAAUCUUACAACGAAAUGAGACUGCAGUCGUGCUUUGUACAUAGCUUCAAUUUACAACAGUUCUAAUUAAAAACUAUUACUGAAGUAAUUAUUAAUAUCAUCAGUAUCAUUAUUAUCAUUAUUUUUGUAGUUAUAAUAAGUAUCUUUACUCUCACUAUUUUUAGAAAUAUAAUAUUAUAUAAUAGCGAAUAUAUUAUCUAUAAAUAAAUGAAAAAAUAGAAUAUCACGAAUACAAAUGAAUAUAUUAUAUAGAAUAUAUAUUUUAAUUACCUAAAUGAGUGUAUGUUUGAACAUGAUGGACGCUAGAAAAUUUUUAAGAAAUUUAUGUUAUUCAGCCACACUUUGUUGUAUAUUGAAUUUUUCGGGACAAACGAACGCGAAAAUUUCGUUAUUCUAAUGGAAUAAUGAUUCACUUUUGCUAUCAAAGUAUUUCGUAUAAUGACGAAUACCAAUGACUAUUGUUAUCGCUUACUACGUUCUAAAGUAAGUUUUCAUUUUAUACCCAAAAAAAAUUUAUGGAUUUAAAUGAUAAAAAUGUAUACAACAGUUGGCUUAUUGUUAAACCAUCAACCAACAAAAUUUUGUAAUUCAUGCGAAGCAGACAAACAAUUUUUUAUGGAUUUUUCCUCUGCGAUAAUAGACCAAUAAAAAAUUCGCCAAAUCGUAGAACG